GCUGAAUAAAGCAGUUAACUUUUAAAUAAAUUGUUAAUAAUUUAAAACAAAAUUAUGGCCAAGGUACGACCCUUACCACCGAAUCUACAAAAAGUUGCCAUUGAAGAACUAAAUGAGGAUCCCAAGCGUUUGGAGGCCGACAUUGAAUCCCUAAAAACCUGGAUCAAACAGCAACCUCAUUUAAACGCACGCACCGAUGAUCAAUUUUUGUUGGCAUUUUUGCGCGGCUGUAAAUUCAGUUUGGAAAAGGCCAAAUCUAAAAUAGAUAAAUAUUAUACAUUGAGAUCAAAAUUUCCGGAAUUUUUUACCUUGGGAGAUGUCAACGAUCCUAAGUACCAAGAAAUUGUUAGAUUGGGUGUGGGCUUGGUAUUGCCCAAACCCUUAAAUGAAGAUGGCCCUAGAAUUAUGCUCAUACGUAAUGGCAUAUAUGAUCCCAAGAAGUAUACUCUGCUUGAUAUAAUGCGCGUAGCCCAGGCCUGCAAUGACAUACUAAUGUGGGAGGAUGAUUAUGCCAUUGUUAAUGGUUUCAUACACAUCGGUGAUUUAAGCGGUUGGACUAAAGAACAUUUCUAUCAAUUCAAUCCCAGUCAUAUGAAGAAAAUUACUGUGUAUUCCGAAGAAGCCAUGCCUUUGAGACCCAAAGCCUCUUUAAUGAUUAAUGUACCCUCUGUAUUUGAAUCCAUAUUUAAUAUGUUAAAGCCCAUGAUGUCGGAGAAGCAAGUUAAUAGAAUGACCAUCUAUGCUUCGAAUUAUGAGCAAAUGUAUGAAAAGGUUCCUUUGAAGUAUUUGCCCAAAGAAUAUGGCGGUGAAAAUGGUUCGAUACCCGAAAUAAUUGCCGAAUGGGAAAAGAAAUUCAAUGACUAUAAGGAGUAUUUUACUGAGGAUGCCAAAUAUGGCACCUUAGAACAUUUGAGACCCGGCAAACCUAUAGAUUUUGAAAAUCUAUUUGGCAUGGAAGGUUCAUUUAGAAAAUUGAAUGUGGAUUAAGUUUAGUAUUGAAUAAAGUUAUUAAUUAAGGUGGUUAGUUUAUAACCCCCUGUCUAUACUUGAC